AUGGAUAGUGGCUCCUCUGGUAUGGCAGCUCCAGCGCCACCUCCGCCUGUCGUCCUGCGUCCCCAUACUCACAGCAAAAGUGGCAUCUUCCAACCGAAGAAGCGCACUGACGGCACUGUCGCGUGGCUUGCGGCCUGUGUGGCACUUGCUGAGGCUGACCCUACGACUGAACCACGACAUUUUCGAGCGGCGCUUGGCAUCCCGCAUUGGCGUGCUGCGAUGGAGCAGGAGAUUCAUGCCCUUCAAAGAAACAACACUUGGCGUCUUGUUCCACCUCCAUCUGGUGUUAAUAUCAUUGGCUCUAAAUGGGUAUUCAAGGUGAAGAAACAUGUUGAUGGCUCCAUUGAGAGGUACAAGGCACGCCUAGUUGCCAAGGGGUUCAAACAACGGUAUGGCAUUGAUUAUGAAGACACAUUCAGUCCUGUUAUUAAACCAACUACUAUUCGUGUUCUUCUCUCUUUGGCUAUUACUCGCGGAUGGUCGCUUCGACAGCUUGAUGUUCAGAAUGCCUUUCUCCAUGGAGUUCUGGAAGAAGAGGUUUAUAUGCGUCAGCCGCCAGGUUUUGUUGACCCUGCUCAGCCACAUCAUUUAUGUCGCCUUGUCAAAGCUCUCUACGGUUUGAAGCAGGCCCCGCGUGCGUGGCAUGCCCGUCUUGGCGCUGCUCUUCGUGCGCAUGGGUUUGUUCCUUCUACAGCAGACACGUCUCUGUUUAUUCUACAGCGACCUGAGGUGACUAUGUACAUUCUGGUAUAUGUUGAUGACAUCAUCCUUGUCAGUUCGUCUGCUUCUGCUACAGAUCGGCUUGUGUUCUCUCUUGGUGCUGAGUUUGCUGUUAAGGAUCUUGGGAGACUGCAUUAUUUUCUGGGCCUAGAGGUUCUUCAUUCUGAUGGUGGCUUGACUCUUACUCAGAAGAAGUACUCUCAGGAUCUCCUGCGUCGUGCCGGUAUGUUGCAGUGCAAGUCUGCUACGACUCCCAUGUCUGCUACAGACAAACUGACAGCUCUUGAUGGUGACUUGCUUGCUCCUAAGGAUGCCACAGAGUACCGCAGCAUUGUGGUAUUUCAUGCCCGAACGAAGCACAUCGAAGUUGACUAUCAUUUUGUGAGGGAACGUGUUGCUCAGAAGCUCCUUCAGAUUAAGUUUGUUUCUUCGAAGGAUCAGCUUGCUGAUAUUUUCACUAAACCCUUGCCCUUGCCUUCUUUUGAAGGAUGUCGUCGCAAUCUUAACCGCCGUGUGACCGCCGGCAAGAGCGGCAAGCUAGCGCAAGGCAAGCAACCCAGCUCAAUGGCCGCUCCAUCCAUGUCUUCCCGUAUUCCCAUCUUCCUGCUAGUCCUAUUCUCGUCCAUCUCGGCUUCUUCUCCCACUCCCACCAAUGGCAAUCGUAGUGACAUCGAUCUCGCCGCACUGCUCGCUUUCAAAGCGCAGCUCGGCGACCCUGACCGCAUCCUUGCUGGUAACUGGACCACCGACACAUCUUUCUGCCACUGGGUCGGCGUCUCAUGCAGCCGGCGCAGGCAACGCGUCACUGCCUUAUCACUGGUGGAUACACCUCUCGUAGGAUCUAUGGCUCCUCACAUGGGUAACCUCUCUUUCCUCUCCAUCCUCAACCUCACCCGCACCAAUCUGAUGGGCUCCAUCCCAGCGGAACUUGGUAGGCUACGUCGUCUUAGGUCUCUUGGUCUCAUGGAGAAUAGCUUGUCUGAUGCCAUACCUACUGUCCUAGGAAACCUUACGAGGCUCGAGCUCUUUAAUCUAGCUUCAAACCAACUCUCGGGCCAAAUCCCUCCAGAGAUGUUGCUGCGUAUGCACAAUCUUAGAAAAAUUAGUUUAAUGAAAAAUGACUUGAGUGGCCAAAUACCACCGCAUCUGUUCAACAACACACCUUUCUUGAUGUACAUCAAUUUUGGAAAUAACAGCCUGUCGGGUCCUAUACCACACUCCGUUGCAUCGCUAUCUAGGCUUGAAGUCUUUAACCUAGGGAUCAAUCAACUCUCAGGCCUAGUGCCACAAGCCAUGUACAACAAGUCCAGACUGCAUGACAUACUACUUGCAGGAAACGUUAACCUAACCGGAAUGAUUCCGAGCAAUCAUAGUUUUAGCCUCCCGAUGUUGCAGACUAUUUCGCUAAGUGGUAACAAUUUUGUCGGCCGGUUUCCAGCCGGUCUUGCGUCAUGCCAGUACCUCCAAGUAAUUGAUUUAGGUGGAAACUCUUUUAUGGAUGUUGUGCCAACAUGGUUAGCCAAAUUGUCACACCUCCAAGUCCUCUCCUUGGGUUUUAAUAACCUUAUUGGCUCCAUCCCAGCUGCUCUUUUUAAUCUGACCAGUCUUACUGUACUAGACCUCUCCAGGGGCAAUCUGACAGGGGGGGUUCCACCAGAACUAGGUCUUAUGCAUGACCUUUGGUAUCUGCAUCUUGAAGGCAAUCAAUUAUCAGGUAAAAUUCCAUCUUCCAUCGGUAACUUAUCCAAAUUGUCUUUCCUAGGUUUGAGAGAUAAUCAAUUGUUCGGCCAAGUACCAAGAACAGUUGGGGAAAAUGCAGCUUUGAACAUACUUGAUUUGGGAGAAAACAGUUUAGAGGGAAAUCUGGACUUCUUUUCAGCUCUUUCCAACUGCAGACAACUCCAAGCCCUUAAGAUAGACAAUAAUUUUUUCACUGGUGUCCUCUCUGACUACGUGGGCAAUCUCACCCCACGAUUAAUCACUUUUGUUGCAACUAACAACAAGUUAAAAGGUGGAUUUCCGAUAGCAAUUUCAAACAUAAGUAGCCUUACACAGAUAGAUCUUUCAAACAACCUAUUAACCGGGCCAGUCCCAGAAUCCAUAGCACUGUUGAAAAAUCUUGGAUCGCUUAAUCUCUUAGACAAUGACAUGUUAGGCCCUAUCCCAACACAAAUGGGCAUGCUCCGAAGUCUAGAACGGGUUUCUUUCCAUGCAAACAAAUUAUCAGGAUCUAUACCAAGUAGCUUUGGAAAUCUUAGUUUGUUAGAAAACAUCGACUUGUCUAGUAACCAGUUAAGUUCAAUGAUACCUGCAAGCCUUUUCCACCUAGAUAAACUUAUCACACUAGAUAUUUCUCACAAUUACUUUGUUGGUGCACUACCAGACGAUGUUUCAGGUCUAAGACAAAUAUACCAAAUGGACAUUUCUUCCAACUUCUUGAUAGGAAGCAUCCCAGACUCCUUCGGACAACUUAAUAUGCUAAUCUACCUAAAUCUAUCGCAUAACUCCUUCAAAGGCUCAAUUCCAGGCCCACUAGAAAAGCUAAGCAACUUAGCAUCAUUAGACCUCUCAUUUAACAAUCUCUCAGGUAGCAUUCCCAUAUUCCUUGCCAACUUUACAUACUUGACUACCUUGAACCUCUCAUUCAAUAGUCUAGAAGGCCAAAUACCCGAGGGAGGUGUUUUCUCAAACCUCACGUUACAAUCGUUGAUUGGGAAUGUUGGGCUAUGUGGUGCUCCGCGCCUAGAAUUUUUGCCAUGCCUUAACAUACCUCGCUCAAGUAACAAACACUUGCUACAAAUUCUACUCCCAACACUCACAUUAGCUAUUAGCGCUAUUGCCAUUUGUGUAUACCUAUGGUUCGGAAAGAAACCUAUGGGGGGAGAGGACAAAGAUUUUGCCGAUGCCACCGAUAUCAUAGGCCAUCGGAUAGUCUCCUAUCAUGAGCUCAUUCGUGCCACCAAUAGUUUCAGUGAAGACAACCUCUUGGGAUGCGGAAGCUUCGGAAAAGUCUUCAAGGGCCAACUAAGCACCGGUUUGGUGGUUGCUAUAAAAGUACUUGAUAUGCAGCUGGACCAGGCCAUCCAAAGUUUCGAUGUUGAGUGUCAUGUGCUUCGCAUGGCGCGACACCGCAAUCUGAUAAAGAUACUCAACACAUGUUCCAAUCUAGAUUUCAGAGCACUAGUGUUUCCGUACAUGCCAAAUGGCAGCUUGGAGAUGCUCCUACACCAGCCAAAGAGUACAGUGGAUUUGGGAUUUCUUGAGAGACUAGACAUCAUGCUUGAUGUGUCAAUGGCAAUGGAUUAUCUGCACCAUGAGUACUACAAGUUGAUCUUGCACUGUGACUUGAAGCCUAGCAACGUGUUGUUCGAUGAGGAGAUGACUGCACAUGUGGCAGACUUUGGCAUUGCAAGGUUGAUUCUAGAUGACAACUCCAUGACAUGUGCAAGCAUGCCUGGAACAGUUGGGUACAUGUCACCAGAGUACGGAUCUCUUGGAAAAGCAUCACGGAAGAGCGAUGUGUUUAGUUACGGAAUCAUGCUCCUUGAAGUCUUCACUGGAAGGAGACCCACAGAUGCUAUGUUUGGCGCACAACUAACUCUUAGGCAGUGGGUUCAUCAGGCAUUUCCUGCAAAGCUUGUCCAAGUCGUUGAUAGCCAGCUUCUGCAGGGCUCCUCUCUUUCUAGCUGCAAUCAGGAUGGUGGUUUUCUUGCGUCGGUCUUCGAGUUGGGAUUGAUCUGCUCUAGUGACUUGCCUGAGCAGAGGAUGACGAUGCAUGAUGUGGUAGUGAUGCUGAAGAAGAUCAAAGUCGAGUACACCAAACUGAUAGCUACUACUAUGCCACGUAGUGCAACACAAUGAUCGAUCGUAUAUCCUUUCUUACGUCUCAUCUAUAUCUAUGUAUAGCCUAGAUGUAUACAUUUUUCUUCUGCACUUAGAAUAGCCACAUAACUCCUCGGAUGUGUUAAUGUGUAU